AUGGACAGUCCCUUCAUUCUCCACGAUAAACCUCUAUUGCGCAUUCCAUAUAUCCCGGGUCCAUAUCGGUAUGAUGGACCCGACAUAACAAGGCCAUUUGGAGAAUUUCCAAGGCGAGCUGGCUUCUGUGGCUCUCGAAACGACAUUGACGAGGAACUCUUGAGAUCUAAGUCUGACGAAGAGCUCUCAUCCCUAGCCCAGGCAUGGCUUUUCUUCGGACUAUUCUCAGAGUUCACCUUGCUGGACGAUGCUAGCCCCUAUAUCGGACGACAAUCGGUAUUGGGAGCUUUUGUCAAACGCGUAUUUGAAUUGUUGGAGGAACCAUCUCCCGGAUUCUGGACUCGGAAUCUCACUCGAAGCAAAUUUUUCAGCACCAGAUGGCUCUUUUUGCAUGCUUUAUCUGCUUCGGCGUACAAUAAAUGGCUUUCGACGUUAAAGGAUUAUCCGACAGAGCGUGGCAAGCGCCAAGAACCACGUAUGAGCGAUUUCCUUCUACUUCGCCUCUUCGAACAGCAUAACUGGUGCCCGUCACAGGCUAGGCGCAUCCUAUAUCUCCACAAUCUACCCACUGCAAAUUACUUUGCUAGCGUUAAUCGACGACCCCUGCAACGUAUCGAUCACUCUCGCUGCCGCGAUUCACCAAAGUGUGUCGCCCACAACGUCUCGUUAGCCCCAACUACGCAACCAGCGACUUCGGCAUCGGAUGCUGCAAACGGAAGAAAUAUAGAACAAUACCGGACAGCACAUGUGACGGCGGACUGUUCUUGCAGGAAGAUGGUAAAGGUCGAGCGGGAGAAGAUCAUCAAGAUCAUUAGAGCGGGUGGUAUUCCAUUGGUCUGCAUGACGUUUGGCUCCACCGCCUUAAGGAUUGUGGAAGCUCGUCCAUGGACUAAAAACGUGUUUGGAGGUCUGACGUUCAGAGGUUUGGCAACGGCCCUCGGACGCUCGGAUUUACUCUCGAUAGUCUAUCCACGCCGUCAAUACCUUUGGCUUGAUACACUGUGUAUUCCGAUUGUUACUAGCAAUGACCAGGAGGAAGAACGCAUCAAGAACAAGGCGAUUAAACACAUGGCCGCAAUUUACGCUGGAGCCGAAACUGUGAUUGUAUUGGACGCUGAGCUGCAGCAGUCGUCAAUUCAGCCCGCAUUGUUGCCGUCACAAGAGCGCGAGGCUCUUGCUGCAAAGAUUUAUUCCUCGGCUUGGAUGGAGAGAUCAUGGACGUUACAGGAGGGUGCCCUAGCUCGAGAACUUUCAUUUCAGCUCGAAUCUCAAGUUUUCCGUCUAGGGUUUGAUGGCCUACUCGACGAGGAAGCGCCAAGUUGGCAGCAUCCUCUUGACAAUUUCGUUUGGUCUCGAGCUGUGUACGGCAUGACUUUUGAAAACGACGGCGCAACAGAAUCGGAGUUGCAUGCCAGCAGACUUCGUUUACCUAUUAAACGAGAGGCCGCGAUUGUGUGUUGGAGAUUGUCACAGUUCGUGGAGACAUGGAAUAGCCUGAUCCAGCGCGAGACGAGUCAGAAGAAGGAUUUAUAUCAGAUUGUUGCAAAUAUGCUCGAUCUCAGUCCCCAUAAAGUACAAUCUCAUAUCCCAGACAUGUCUCACGCAGUCACUACAACCACUCCUCCCCAACAAGCUCGAUACUUACCUCUCAUCGUUCGAAACUGUCAGGUCCUUCCGAUCUCACUGCUAUUCAACUCCGGACCACGUAUACUCGAUCCUGAACGCCCUCAAAACAGUUGGCUACCGACCGAAACCAGCGAACAUGGCAUCAUGGGCGAUCAGCUUUCGGCCUGCGCUGGAUUGUCGUGGAGAUCCAAUGGUUUGUUCCUGGAUAAGGCAACUGUACACCGAGAGAGCUUGGUGGCUUACGUGUUCUUGGAAAGGCAAGAAAGAGCGCCAAGAUUCAGGAUCAUUGAUCAGGACGGGGGCUCCGAGACCACUUGGGUUGUGACCGUGAACGAGUCGAUGGAGCCAGGAACGGACUCUGCACACUCAUCCACGGAGGCCUGCAUCGCAACGGAGCGUGCGGCUGCGCGACUAUAUAACGAAGGGUUUGGCACUUGUAUACUGGCAGAGAGGUUUCCCGAAGGCGUUAGUCACGACCAAAGCAAAGCCCUCCUAGGAGCGCGCUUUAGCAUCAGAGAAAGAACUGGUUCUCUGCUGACAUUGCGAUUCGACAAACCCUUGCUUCUGCUGCUGAACAAAGACUCCUCCACUGAGACAAAUAUCCCUGUUGUCAAGGCUGAAUCUUCGUUAAACGAUUUUGACUUCCUGGUCGAGUAUGCAUCUUCGCCACAUCACGAUAUCAAACUCCGUCACCGCCAAAUGCUUUCUGCUCGCAGUCCUUAG